UGUAUUCUUUGAGAAAUUCCUGAAACAGGUUUCUGCAGGUUAUGGACCUUUCGGCUUUCCAUAAUUUGGUGCCCCACGAAUGCUGUGAGAAGUUGCCUGGUUGUUGCAUCUCCUCCCCAUUGGAUACUAAUCAGCAUAUCUGAUCUUCCAGAGUAAAUCCGUCCUCCGGUUGGAGAGUCUGGUUCACUUCUCCUCACCAUGGCUCUGCUGUACACUGCGCUCGCUGCUCUGCUCCUCGUUCUUCUCCUUCUUCAUCUCCGCUUCCCGUAUUUUGUCCACGAUGUGUUGUUUUUCCUGAAGGGGGUCCGUUUGGCCAUGAGGAUGAGGAAGUUCCGCAGCUCCACUCCGUGCUACACCAUCCUGGAUCGCUUCUUAGAUGCGGUGAAGAACCACCCCGAGAAGAAGUUCGUGGUGUUUGAAGGUCGCUCCUACACCUACAGCGAGGCGGACAGACUGAGCAGUAAAGCAGCCAGGGCUCUGCUCCAUCACACCGAGCUGCAGCAAGGAGACACUGUGGCUUUGUUCCUCGGGAAUGAACCGAACUUCAUCUGGGUUUCUCUCGGACUCUUCAAACUGGGCUGCACCGCUGCGCUCCUCAACUCCAACAUCCGCUCCAGGUCCCUGCUCCACUGCUUCACCUGCUGCGGGGCAAAAACCCUCAUCGCUGGGGCAGAUUUGAAGGAAGCAGUGGAGGAAGUUCUUCCUGAAUUGAAGCAGCAGGAAGUGCGUGUCUUUCUGCUCGGAGAAAAUUGUCCUAAUAACGAAAUCGUAAACCUGAGUGAGAAAAUCGAUGCUGCGAGCGACGAGCAACUUCCACGCUCACUUCGAUCCAAAAUCACUAUGAAGACCCCAAUUUACAUCUACACCUCAGGGACCACUGGUCUUCCAAAAGCAGCUGUGAUCAAUCAUGAGAGGGUUUGGUUGGCCUCCUUCCUACAGAGCAUGUCUGGCAUCUGUUCUGAUGAUGUCCUUUACUUGUACUUGCCCCUGUACCACAGCGCUGGCUUUCUUAUGGGCCUGUCUGGGGCAAUAGAGCGGGGAAUCACAGUGGUGUUGAGGAGGAAGUUCUCAGUGUCUCAGUUCUGGAAUGACUGCAGGAAGAACAACGUGACGGUGAUCCAGUACAUCGGAGAGAUCAUGCGCUACCUCUGUAACUCACCGAAGACAGACAGUGACCGCACACACAACGUGCGUCUGGCUCUGGGAAACGGUAUACGUGCCGACACGUGGACGGAGUUUCUGCAGCGGUUUGGAGACGUGCGAAUCUGCGAAUGUUACGGAGCCACAGAAGGGAACAUUGGGUUUGUCAACUACGUGGGGAAGAUCGGAGCCAUCGGGCGGGAAAACUCCAUCAUCAAGAGACUCACACGUUACGCUCUCAUUAAAUACAAUGCUGAGACGGAAGAACUGGUGCAAGACUCCCGAGGGUUCUGUGUGGAGGUUUCUACUGGAGAAACAGGCCUGCUGGUGGCUAAGAUCUCUAAAGCAUCCCCGUUUCACGGCUAUGCUAACAACAAACAGCAAACAGAUAAAAAGAAGCUGAGGAACGUGUUUGAGCAGGGAGAUGUCUACUAUAACACUGGAGACCUGAUGAAAGUUGACCAGGAAGGAUUCAUCUAUUUCCAGGACCGCAUUGGAGACACGUUCAGGUGGAAGGGCGAGAACGUGGCUACCACCGAACUGGCUGAUAUUUUAAUUAUGGUGGAUUUCAUAGAAGAGGCAAAUGUCUAUGGAGUCAAAGUUCCAGGUCAAGAGGGCAGAAUCGGAAUGGCUGCUAUUAAGCUGAAGGAGGGACGGGGCUUCGACAGCUCUGUAGCAUACAGGCACGUUGAGAGCUACCUGCCUGCAUACGCCAGGCCACGUUUCAUUAGGAUCCAGGAGAUGCUGGAUGUCACAGGCACCUACAAACAGGUGAAGGUGAAAAUGGCAGAGGAGGGAUUUAACCCCAAAACCAUCCAGGAUAAUCUGUACUUCCUAGACGACAUGAAGAAGACCUAUGUCCCCAUGACGGAGGACAUUUUUAACUCCAUAUGCAAUGGACAGUUGCGAUUAUAAUACACACACACACACACACACACACACGCACAAACGCGUACAAGCACAAACACAAACACACAUCACUGAAGUGCCUUAAACCAGGAUUUUUAUUCUUAAUAAUUAUAAUAAACACAUCAUACAUAAUUACAGGAAGUACAUGAAAAAGAAAGUGAGAUAAAAACACAUUCUACUAUUUUUUGAUUAAAAAAACAAAUAAAUAAAAUUUUUACCUGAAGUCAAGUUUCAAUAAAUUCAAUGGAAAGAAA